AUGAUGUCGACUCCAAGCACAGACUCAUCCACCAACUCGGGAACAGUGAGACCUUCGGGCCAAAAUGACAGCGCCCCCACACAUAAGGAUGCAAUCGCGGCGUCCUCCUGGCAGCCGCCCAGCGAUCCGAAAGAAAUGCGGAAGCUCAUCGGAAGUGUGCUACAACCAGGUUCAUCCGAGCUUCAUGAGAUACUACCGCCAGUGCCGCCAGAUGCCCCUGAAAUCCUCCGGAGGAACUGGAAACGGUAUGCCUUGAAAAAGCAUAAAGCACCCGGCCCAUUGAAGAUCGUAAAGUGGAAUUAUGAUCAUCCGGUGGUCUGGAUAAAUGCACUGCUGGUUGUUGUCUUGGCUGCUGUGACCGUUUUGCAAUGGAGCCAGUUCUCUAUGGUUCAGCUGGGAGUAUACUCGGCGUUGCUGACUUUCCUGGACUACAAGAUAUGCCAGUAG